CGGGGAUCACGUGAUCCUCAUGCCGGCACCGCUUAUCGCGCGCAGAGGAGAAGCCGGCUGCCAAGAUGGAGGAGUACGCGCGUGAACCCUGCCCGUGGAGAAUAGUGGAUGACUGUGGGGGUGCCUUCACAAUGGGAGCCAUUGGUGGUGGGAUCUUUCAAGCCAUCAAAGGGUUCAGAAAUUCCCCAGUGGGUGUAAAUUAUCGAUUGCGGGGUAGUUUAACAGCAAUUAAAACCAGAGCACCACAGUUGGGAGGUAGCUUUGCCAUCUGGGGUGGUCUUUUUUCCAUGAUUGACUGCAGUAUGGUGAAAGCAAGAGGAAAAGAAGAUCCUUGGAACUCCAUCACCAGUGGUGCCUUAACAGGAGCCAUAUUAGCUGCAAGAAAUGGACCAGUUGCCAUGGUUGGGUCUGCAGCUAUGGGAGGAAUUCUUCUAGCUUUAAUUGAAGGGGCGGGUAUCUUAUUAACAAGAUUCGCAUCUGCACAAUUUCCAAAUGGCCCUCCAUUUUCAGAAGACUCCUCUCAGUUGCAGCCCUCUCCCUUUGGAGACUACCGGCAAUAUCAGUGAUUCCUGGUAUUCUGCUCUUCCAUUUUGUCACUCGUAAAAGAACAAGCAUCGGGAGAAGACCUUUCAUUGAAUAUGUACAACCAGACAUUCAUGCAAGCUUUCACAACAUUUAGAACAUCCACAAAUAGCAGGAAUCUAUUACUGUAAACCAGUGUAGUCAUUU